AUGAAACGAAAGUCAAAUGGGACUCCAUUGAAAGAAAAACGAAGAAGAUCUGCAAUAUUGGAAACAUGUCAUAUUAAUCAAAAAUAUUUUGAGGAUAGUUUCAAAGAAAGUUUUAGGCAAGGAUUACAAGGUAAUUGUAAUAUUCAAAUAAUUCAGAAAUUAUGAUGAAUGUUUCAGGCUGUUCACCCUUUCCAAAUUGGCAAAUUCGAAAUUUUAUCGAUAAUUCGGAUAAUUUUGUUGAAAGAUUAGAAGAAGAAUUGCAAAAUUUCGAAGAAUGGAAAAGAAAGGAGAACGAUCUUUAUUCUUUAUAUCAAACCGAUGAUUUGAAGUCAAUCUCGCCGUUGAAUUAUCCAAAAAUAUUUGCUUUUCGGUGAGUUUUUGAACAAAAAAUGUAUAAUGUGAAAUGGUUAUUUUUUACAGUCAAUUUCUUCAAAACGAAGCUCGUUGUUGGCUUCAAAAUAUAUCCGGAAUUGAAUUAAUUGAUCAAGUUGAUUGUAAUGGUAGUUGUUAUUCUCAAACUGAUUCACUUCUUCCACACAACGAUUUGGUUUGUUUUUUUCUUUUGAAUUUAUAUUUAAAAAUAUUAAAUAUCAAAAUAUUUUAGAUUGAAACAAGAAGAUUUGCAUUUGUUUAUUACUUGACCUGCCCAAAUUGGAAUCCAAAAACAAAUGGAGGAAAUUUGCAACUAUUCAAUUCAGACAGUAAGUAAAUCUUUUUUCAUAAAAAUGUUCAAUCUUUUUCUCAGAGCAUUCAAUUCCAACAACAAUUUCUGUCGAAUUGGUUCCUUUACGAAAUUCUUUGAAUUUGUUUGAAGUUUCUGAAAAAUCCUGGCAUCGUGUGGCUGAAAUAAUAUCAGAUGAUCCGAGAUUAUCAAUAAAUGGAUGGUUUCAUUCAACAAGAAGAAUUGAACCGAAAAAACCAAAAGCAGAAAAAAUUCCAAGAUUUAUUCCCGAAAACAAGGCGAAACUAUCAAAUUAUCUGAACAUGGAAUAUUUGAAAAAAGAAAGACAAGAUGAAGUUCAACAAUUAUUUGCGGAUAAUUCUGAAUUGAAUCUUUCCAAUUUUUUAGUUGUAUGUUUUUUUGGAGAAAUCAAAGCUCGAAAAAAUCUAAUCUAUAAUUUCAGAACGAUUUACAUAAUGCAGUGUAUGAAGAACUUUCAAAAAAUUCAAAGUCUUUCAAAAAAUAUUGGACCGGUUAGCAAAAGGAAUAUAUUCAGAAUUGACGAAAGCCAAAUCGGUGAAUUUGAGAAAUCCAAAAAGUUGUAUAAUAUGCUGAAAUCUAAAAAUAUUGUGUCUUUCCUCGGAAAAAUCAGUGGAGUAACUUUAACUGGUAAGUUUGAUAUAGACAACUAAUGAUAUUUAAAUAAGUUAAAUUGUAUUCAGGUGCUGAAAGUAGUAUUCGAGUUUCUCGAAUUCAACAUGGAAGUUAUUGGGUAAUUGGAGAUGAAGAUGCUGAACAAAGUACAAAUGAUGGAUAUUGUUUGGAUUUUCAUAUUUUUGUUCAAAAAAACAAAUGGGUUGAUUCAGCUGGAGGUGAUUUGAUUUAUAUUGCGGAAGGAGAACAAGAAGAACUUCUUCGAAUUGAGCCAAAUCCAAAUUGUGGUUCUCUCGUUUUUCGUGAACCUGGAGUUUUUCCAUUUUUGAAGUUCGCGAAUUGUCGAUCAACUGAUCCAUUUUUCCUUUUCUCAGUUUCUUUUUAUAAUGUUCAAGUUGUUGAUGAUUAG